AUGCGUGACAAGAAAUCCCACGAAGAGCGACGCCGCGUUUGGAGUGCCGCAUUCGGGGAUAAGGCAGUUCGCGGCUACGAAGAGCGAUUGCGUCGCUACCUAAACGACCUGGUGGAUUACUUCAGCUCGCAGGCUGCAGUUGGUAAGCCUGUCAAUAUCACCAAAUGGUUUGAGCUAUAUAGCUACGACUUCAUGGGUGACCUCACCUUCGGAGAGUCGUUCGGCAUGCUCGAGGCACAGGAGGACCACUGGGCUAUACACUUACUCAAACAGGCAAUGAUUCCUCUCGGUCUUUACUUGCCCACAUGGUUCUUCCGCAUUGUUACCUCGAUUCCAGGGCUGUCGCGGGCUUGGCAGCGGUUGUUUGACUUUUGUGGCGAGAGGAUGAUGGAGCGAAUCAAGGCUCCAGCGGAAAUUCCUGACAUUGCUUCGGUUCUUGUCGUGCCGAUCAAGGGCCAGCAGCCCUCACGGGAGCAAUGGGAACUAUUAUGA